AUGAAUAGUAAAAAGAAAUCUGUUAACAAGGUUGUAAGCAAUACAGAAAUUGGUGAUUUAGAUGAAUUGGACUCUUUAUUAGCUGAGUUAAACACUGGGAACCAACAAGAUGAGUGCAGUGCAACUUUGAAGCAGGUUGAAGUGAAUCAACAAGCUGAAGAGGUCUCUUUACAAACUCUGAAGAAUAGACUUAAGAAGCAGAAGAAGAAGCAAGCCAAGGCACAAGGUGCAUCAGAAGAGAGCAAUGUAGGAACCACUUCUAAAAAUAAGUCUAUGAGCAUUGCUGCCCGCGCAGCUGCAGAAAGGUUAAGAUUAAUUCAGGAGGCAGAGGAGGAAACCAAAAGACGAGAAGAGGAAGAGAGGAGAUUAGAGGAAGAUAGAAAAAGGCAGGAGGAAGAGGCCAUUCGAAAGAGAAAUGAGGAGAGAGAACUUAAACUGAAACUUAAGAAGGAACGUCGUGAACAAUUGAAAGCUGAGGGGAAGCUACUUACAGCUAAGGAGCGUCAUGAACGGUUGAAACGUCAACAAUAUCUACAUUACUUACAAUCACAUGGGGUAUUGUUGAAUUCAAGCCAAAAGGUGGACUCCUCUUUACUGAAGGAGCAGGAAACUACAAGAACAUUGGCAAGCCGCAAAAAGAAGGUAUACAGAAGGCUACCAGAAACUCAAGAGUUUAUAAAUGAAACCACAAGUGUUACUAGUAUUAUUGAUGGAACUGGACUAGCUGAUGAUGAAUUGAUUUCUAAACACAUUCCUGAAACAUGGGAGGAAUUCCUUCAAGAUGAAGGCACAGAUUCAUUGGAUGUUAAGUACACUACAUCAUAUUCUACUAAUGUUGAGUAUGAGGGCAAUAGUAGAUUAGCUGUGGAUUUUACGACAUGUACCAAUGAACAGGUGCAUGGGGAUGUAUCUGAAAGGAGCGAGUUCCGUUCUCCAAUUUGCUGUAUUCUAGGACAUGUUGAUACAGGAAAGACGAAAAUACUUGAUAAAAUGCGAAAAACAAAUAUACAAGACAAUGAGGCAGGUGGAAUAACGCAACAAAUAGGUGCUACUUUUUUUCCUCCAGAGAUGCUAUCUGAACAGAUCAAGAGAGUAGAUAGAGAAUUUGAGUUGCAGAUUCCUGGUUUAUUAUUUAUUGACACACCAGGUCAUGAAAGUUUUAAUAACCUACGUUCACGUGGCUCCUCUCUCUGUGAUAUUGCUGUAUUAGUAGUAGAUAUUAUGCAUGGUUUGGAACCUCAGACGAAAGAAAGUAUUGGUUUACUACGUAAUAGAAAAUGUCCUUUUAUUAUUGCACUGAACAAGAUAGAUAGACUUUAUGGAUGGACUGGAUGCUCAUGGUUACCAAUACGUGAUACAUUAGAUAAGCAAAAGUCUUAUGUAAACGAUGAAUUUGGGACGAGAUUAAGUCAAACUUUACUACAACUUUCUGAAGAAGGAUUAAAUUGUUGUCCUUAUUGGGAAAAUGAUGAUUUACGUAGUACUGUUUCUAUAGUUCCAACCAGUGCGAUAACUGGAGAGGGAGUUCCGGAUUUAAUAUAUUUGAUUGCUAAACUAACGCAAAAAAUAAUGGGUCUGAAUUUUUUGAAAUUAAAUAAAACUGAACUUAGCUGUACAAUUUUAGAAGUUAAAGCUAUUGAUGGACUUGGGGUAACAAUUGAUGUAAUACUAGUAUCAGGUACACUACAUGAGGGAGAUACAAUAGUUGUAUGUGGUUUAUCAGCUCCUAUAGUGACUACAAUUAGAGCAUUACUAACACCACAACCAAUGCGCGAAUUGCGCGUGAAGUCAGAUUAUGUUCAUCAUCAUAGUAUCACUGCAUCAAUGGGAGUCAAGAUAUGUGCAAACGGCCUUGAUGAUGCUGUGGCAGGAACUCAACUAAUGAUUGUGCCUAAAAAUGCUACUGAAGAAGAUAUAGAAUUAUUAAGAGAACAGGUUAUGGAAGACAUGGGUGAGGUUUUUCGCUCUGUAGAUAAGAGUGGAAAUGGUGUUUAUGUGAUGGCUUCAACACUUGGUUCUCUAGAGGCUUUACUAGUAUAUUUAAAAUCGUGUAAUAUCCCGGUAGUUGCUCUCAAUAUAGGAACUGUACAUAAAUUAGAUGUUAGGAGAGCAUCAAUUAUGCAUGAAAGAGGCCAUCCAGAAAUGGCUGUGAUCUUAGCAUUUGAUAUUAAAGUAGAAGCCGAGGCCGAACUAGAGGCAAAGAAACUUGGUGUGAAGAUUAUGAAAGCCAAUAUUAUAUAUCAUUUAUGUGAUAUGUUUACAAAGUAUUAUACUGAUGUCCAAGAAGAGAAAAGAAAAGAGAAAUCUCUAAGGGUUGUUUUUCCUUGUGUUUUGAAAAUUAUACCUCAAUAUAUUUUUAAUGUAAGAGAUCCCAUUAUAUGUGGAGUAUAUGUAGAAGAAGGUAUUCUCAAACCUGGAACACCUUUGUGCAUACCUGAUAAAGAUAACCUUAUGAUAGGCAAAGUUGCUAGUGUGGAAUUUAACAAGAAAACUGUAAAUGAGGCCAAGAAAGGCCAAGAAGUUGCUAUAAAAAUACAGCCACUUGGUUCAGAUACCAAUAUAAUUUAUGGCAGACACUUUGAUCAUAACGAUAAACUAGUAAGCCGUAUAACUAGAGAGUCCAUUGAUAUUUUGAAAAAUCACUUUAGAGAUGAUCUUUCAAAAGAGGACUGGAAAUUAGUAAUUCAACUUAAGCGUGUGUUUGGAAUAUCAUGA